AUGUCCUCCAAUCGUGUUCUAGACCUGUUCAAGCCCUUUGAAUCCUUCCUGCCGGAAGUCAUUGCUCCGGAAAGAAAGGUCCCAUACAACCAGAAACUCAUCUGGACGGGUGUUUCGCUGCUGAUCUUCUUAAUCCUGGGCCAGAUCCCACUGUACGGGAUCGUGUCCAGUGAGACUUCGGACCCGCUAUACUGGCUGCGUGCCAUGCUGGCCUCCAAUCGUGGUACUCUACUGGAACUAGGUGUCUCUCCCAUCAUCACGUCGUCGAUGAUUUUCCAAUUCUUGCAAGGUACGCAACUUUUGCAGAUCAGGGCCGAGAACAAGCAGGACAGGGAGCUGUUCCAAAUUGCGCAAAAGGUCUGCGCCAUCAUUCUGAUCUUGGGUCAAGCACUCGUGGUUGUCAUGACGGGUAACUACGGUGCGCCUUCAGAUCUUGGGCUGCCCAUCUGUUUGUUGUUGGUCUUCCAAUUGAUGUUUGCAUCGUUGAUCGUCAUGCUAUUGGACGAACUGUUGUCCAAGGGCUACGGUCUAGGUUCCGGUAUUUCAUUGUUCACAGCCACUAACAUUGCUGAACAGAUUUUCUGGAGGGCCUUUGCCCCCACCACAGUCAACUCCGGUCGUGGUAAGGAGUUUGAAGGUGCCGUGAUUGCGUUUUUCCAUCUUUUGGCUGUCAGAAAGGACAAGAAGAGAGCCCUUGUGGAGGCCUUUUACCGUACCAAUCUGCCCAACAUGUUCCAAGUCUUGAUGACCGUGGCUAUUUUCCUUUUCGUGUUGUAUUUGCAGGGCUUCCGUUACGAGUUGCCCAUCAGGUCCACCAAGGUGAGAGGCCAAAUUGGUACAUACCCAAUCAAGCUGUUUUACACUUCCAACACCCCGAUCAUGUUGCAAAGUGCGUUGACCUCCAACAUUUUCCUGAUCUCCCAAAUCCUCUUCCAAAAAUACCCCACCAACGCGUUGAUCCGUUUGAUUGGUGUUUGGGGUAUCCGGCCGGGCACCCAGGGUCCUCAAAUGGCCUUGAGCGGAUUGGCCUACUACAUCCAGCCAUUGAUGUCCUUGUCAGAAGCCCUUUUGGACCCUAUCAAGACCAUCGUCUACGUCACUUUUGUUCUCGGUUCGUGCGCGGUGUUUUCCAAAACUUGGAUCGAGAUCUCCGGUACAUCUCCCCGUGACAUCUCCAAACAGUUCAAGGACCAAGGCAUGGUCAUCAACGGUAAGAGAGAAACGUCAAUCUACAGAGAAUUGAAGAAGAUCAUUCCCACCGCUGCUGCCUUCGGAGGCGCCACCAUUGGUGCCCUUUCUGUUGGCUCUGAUCUACUAGGUACUUUGGGGUCCGGUGCGUCUAUUUUGAUGGCCACCACCACCAUCUACGGCUACUACGAAGCAGCUGCCAAGGAAGGUGGGUUUACUAAGAACCUUGUUCCAGGGUUUUCCGAUUUGAUGUGA